AUGAUCAUGCCUAAUACGGACAACUGUUCCAGUCUCGUCAGUCCACUGUUAGAGAAAUAUUACCUCUCUCCAAUGUAUGGCUCACUAGCUGCCUUUGGCUUCAUCGGAAACCUGUUCGUGGUGUUAGGCUAUACCUUUUGCCUCCCUGCUUGGAAAUCCUCAAAUGUGUACCUGUUUAACAUGUCUGUGUCUGACCUCUUUUUCCUGUGCACUUUACCUGAACUGUCCUACAACUACGCUUACAACUUGAAGAGAUUCAAUGCUUCAUUAUGCGUUCUUAAUCGCUACAUCCUCCGUGUGAACAUAUUUGCCAGCAUCAUUUUCAUGAUGUGGGUAAGUGUGGACCGGUACUUGUUGCUGUGUCACCCACAGCGUGAACAUGUCCUGUUGACUUUCAAGGCUGCAGUGUAUAUUUCCAUUGCAAACUGGAUCUGGGCGAGCAUUCAAGUUUCUCCCCUUAUCGCCUUCAUUAUCCAGGACUUAGAGAAAAAUGGCUGGACAGUGUGUCGUGAUUUUGGGAGCCUGGGACAGUUCAGAGUUACUCUGACCUACACCAUAGUGGUCACCAUAACUGGAUAUAUAAUGCCACUGUUGGCUUGGUUUAUAUCAACACAAAAGAUGAUUUCUCUACUCACAAAAAGAGAAGAGAUGUGUGGGACAUCCUUCCAAAGGCCAGUAAGAAUCAUGAGGAUUGCAGCAGUUAUGUUUCUGGUGCUCUACACCCCCAUCCAUGUAAUGAGGAUUGUGCGUCUUGUAUCUCGGCGUCCUGAAUUAAACUUGUCACAGUGCAGCAAAGAUUAUAUCAAUGCGUUUUACAUUGUGACAAGGCCAAUUGCAUAUUCUCACAGUGCCAUCAACCCUGUGUUUUACUUUCUCAUGACAGACAGCUUUAAAGAAGCACUGCAGGACAAAUGGAAGAAGGUUAAAAGGAUACUAAUGAGUAAAUAA